AUGACUUUAUCUAAUAAAUGCACUAUCUGUCUUGAAGAAAUUAUUUCAUUUACAUUCUUACCAUGUACUCACACUUUUCAUUCGAAAUGUAUUUCAACAUGGUUAAAAGAACAUAAAUCAUGUCCAAUGUGUCGUGAUCGUCUCGAUAAUGAAGAUAUUGAAUUUGUUACAUCACAAAUCAAUAAUUCUUAUCGUAGAAAACUCAAACGAAAAAGAAAAGAAGAUCAAGAUUUAAUCGAAUCCGAAUUUAAUAACUUAAUGACUCGUCUCGAUAAAGAGGAAGAUAGGGAAAUCAAAAAUAUCAAAAAAGAAAUAAGAAUUAAAAGACAAAAAAUUGAAAGUGAAUAUAAAAUUAAAUUAGAAUCUAAUAUCAGAGACGAAAAAAAAUCUGUUUCUGAAAUCUUAAAUGAAUAUGAUGAGAAAAAAAAUAAUUUAAUAUCUGAAAAGGAGGAUAAAUUAAAAGAAAUAGAAGAAAAAUCAUACGAUAUUGUUUAUUAA